GAAUUUCACGAAAUCUGGGAGGCUGGAAUGUUUUCCCCUCACUUGUUGCCAUUCGACGUCCAUAGACACAAGAAGAGGAUUAUAUACAAAGAGUUGCAGAGGUUUACAGGGAGAACCUUGUCAAACGAAUUGGGCUUAUAAUUGAUAAGAGAGGCCAGAAAACUGACCACAAAGUCUCACUGCUUGUUGAUUGAGCCUAAGGGAAGCGGAUAAGGAAACAAAAUUUGCGUCGUCGUCACUUUCAAAGUUUUGAAUUUGAGAGGGAACGCGUCCGCCACUGUGCGUUUGACGUGCUUGCUGUACUUGUCAUUCCUGUUCAAGAAUGUAUCGCAUGAUGGCGAGACUGAGCCUAGGAACAGUGACAAAAUCAGGAGUAAUUCGUGGAUCGGGGAGCCAAUUGAGAAGCCGUAUUCCGCAUAUUGCAGAAUGGUUGGGAACUGGAGGCUCGCGAAGUGGAUGAGAAUACGGACAGAGCGACCUGUGGCACGUGAAACACAAUCCGAGACAAGUACGUUAAAUUAGUAGCAAGUGCUCUGGAUGAUGGUGGGAAUCUGUUCAGAUGAUUCCAUGUUGGUGGGGGGUUGGUUUCGUUGCUGAAGACUUUUCGACCUCAACGUGAUGGGGUAGAUACGAGAAGGGUUCCACAGUCAAGUUCUGAAAAGAGUAUCGAGGCCAAAUCCCGAGGAUUCAAUGGGUGGGCUUCAUCUGACGGUUCAUUGGAAGUCAUGGCACUCAAAUAGAAAGAAGAAGCUCAGAAAUAUGCGGUCCCCACCACAACGAAGCAGUUCGAAGCAGUGGAUCGCAUUCUUUGCUUUGCCCUUCGCCGCCAUGCGUUUAUAUGGCGGAUUGGAGCGGGAGCCCAUUUGAAUUGUGCUUGUGUACGUAGCAAUAGUUCUCAAUUGCCGUGGACUGCAGUUGAGAGGUGACAGGUUGGUUUUGCUGUAUGAAAUCUUGAUGAUCGUGUGGGCUAUGCUCUGAAUGAUGCGAAUUCGAUGGGCUUCGAUUGAAAAGAAUUCGAUGGGCGAAUUCUGUUGUGCUUAUUUUCAAUAAUUGAUUCUUGUUGCAUAUAGUCACAUGAGCAUCAAAAUGUCUGCGGAGAUGCGAAAGGCGAGGAGUGCUACUCUCGAUAAGCCAAUCCAAAAUUGGGAUGGUGUGCAGCCCGGCUUGGAAAUGAAGACUCCAACUGGACGCCUCUUGUCGUCGUUCCUGGGAAGGAGGGACGACGAUCUGCCAGAAGAACCUCUGCUACAAGCUGAAGAGGGAGCGCCACCAAGAGAUGUUACUUUGGAUGCACAGUCCUGUUCUUGGUGGAGUGUCCUGACGUUUUCAUGGGUCACUCCUGUUAUGGACACCGGUUCAGCACGACAACUUACCCAGAAUGAUCUCUUUCCACUUCCCAAGGACAUGUCUCCUGAUUUGUGCUGUAGUCGCCUUUGCUCUUAUUGGGAGGAAGAAAAGAAGAAGGAACAAAAUUCGCCCUCGCUGUUGAAGGCCAUAUUAUACACGUAUGGUCGGGACUGGCUCAUUAUCGGCGUCAUUAAGGUUGUCAAUGAUGGGCUCAGUUUUGCUGGACCUCUUUUCCUCAACGAAAUUGUGAAGUUUCUGGAAACUGGAAAUAACAACCUGCGAUAUGGCUACGAAUGCGCGGCUGGGCUCGGACUCGUCUCCAUCAUCAGAGCUUUCUUGGGAGCUCACUACACUUAUUUGAUCGCUCGUUUGAGACUGCAACUAAAAGCGAGCAUAACCACCAUGGUCUAUCAGAAGGCAUUGUGUGUGAGCUUGGCCGAGCGGAGUUGUUUUUCAAGCGGCGAAAUUCAGACACUUAUGUCCGUGGAUGCUGAAAGGAUUGCAAAUCUGGUCAAUUGUGGUCACGAGCUUUGGAGUCUACCACUGCAGAUGGGAAUUGCGUUGUGGAUGCUGUACAUGCAAGUCAAGUUUGCGUUUGUUGCUGGAUUGGGUGUUAUCAUCUUGCUAAUUCCAGUAAACAAGUGGCUGGCUAACCUCAUUUGUGCCGCCAAUGAGUUGAUGAUGAAAGAGAAAGAUGAAAGGAUCCGUCGGAUGGGUGAACUUCUCAUAUAUAUUCGCACGUUGAAAAUGUACACGUGGGAGCAUUUCUUUGUCAAGAGAGUGUUACAAUCCAGGGAUCAAGAACUGAAACAUCUCGCUACGCGAAAGUAUCUGGACGCUUGGUGUGUAUAUUUCUGGGCAUGUACACCGAACAUAUUUUCACUUCUCACUUUUGGUCUAUUCGUUCUUCUUGGAUACAAAUUAACUGCAGCAACUGUCUUUACAAGCCUUGCACUAUUCAACAUUCUCAUCUCGCCACUAAAUUCUUUUCCCUGGGUUAUCAAUGGCGUAAUUGAGGCUCAGGUUUCUCUUGCUCGAUUAUGCAAGUUUCUUGCCUUGUUAGACAUAGACUCAGAGUGGACGAAAGAUAUUCUUCUCCUUUUCGAGAAUGCGAAGGAGCCAACACAAGGACGUGGGCCAAAGAUAAAUCUCCAUAAUCCUUCAGAUCCGUACGAGAAAGAAGAAAGACUCCCCAGCACUGCAGUCACGAUGCAGAAUGCAGCUUUUUCUUGGUCUCACAGUCUAGUCGAGGAUCCGCAGUGGAUCAUUUCACAAAUCUUCAUGGCUGUCCCAUGUGGAUCUUUAGUUGUUGUCUUGGGAAAGGUUGGCAGCGGAAAGUCAUCAUUGCUUAGCGCUAUCCUGGGAGAAAUGCGUUGUGUACAAGGCUCGAUGCUGGUCCGAGGGCGGCUUGCUUAUGUUGCUCAGACGCCGUGGAUCCAGUGUGGGACCCUUUGCGAUAAUGUUUUAUUUGGACAACCAUUCGACAUAGAUAGGUAUAAGAGGGUGUUGGAUGCUUGUGCACUCGAUGUGGAUAUCCAACAGAUGCAAGGAGGUGACUUGACUGAGAUAGGAGAACGUGGUCUUAAUCUAUCUGGUGGUCAGAGAGCACGCUUGGCACUCGCACGAGCUCUGUAUCAAGACUGUGAUACGUACCUGCUGGAUGAUCCAAUUAGUGCAGUUGAUGCGCAUGUAGCAGCUUGGAUACUGGAGCAUGCCAUUGCAGGACCAUUAAUGUCUGGGAAAACGAGAAUACUUUGCACGCAUCACACCCAGGCCGUUCCGCUGGCUGAUGUGGUUGUAAUUAUGGAAGAAGGCCGUGUUCGAUAUUGUGGAAGUCCAAAAUCAGACUCAUCUUUGGACCUCCAGAAGCUGGAUGACGAAUCUAUCCAAGAAUCGGAAGUAGUAGAUCUUCUUUGCAGUGAUUGGAUACAACCGGAGACUCCAGAUCCCCCUGUAGCCCUUAUCAUGUCACAAGAAACAACAUAUGGCAAUUCAAAACACACUUCACUGCCCAUAACGCUGGGUGAGCAAUCCUUACGAGGUUUAGCUCAUUUCAUGAGCCCAACAAACCACGUGUUUGGUUCAGGGCCCAGAGGGCGGGGGAAGUCAAGAGAUAUAAUGGUUGGUCAACAACCACAAGGCCCGCAGCCAGUUGCUUCUAAGGCUGUCAAGCUCAUCGAAGAGGAGGACAGAACUCAAGGACAUGUUCAAGCAACAGUAUACAGGGCCUAUGGAGGCUUUGUAGGGUGGUCAGUAAUCGCUACGAUUGUAAUCAGCAUAUCUUUGAUGCAAGCAACGCGGAAUGGUAGUGAUGUGUGGCUAACUCACUGGGUUGACAACGUUGAUGAUGCUGGAGGGCAAUCUCUGCAGUUUUAUCUGAAAGUUUUUGUCGCUAUUGCCAUUGCGAAUUCCUUCGCAACGUUGGCGAGAGCUUUCUUUUUUGCCUAUGGAGGCUUGUGUGCUGCUUCCGAAGUACACAAGGCUUUGUUGAACAAAGUCAUUGCUGCUCCCGUCAGGUUCUUCGACCAGAAUCCCAGCGGCCGUAUUUUGAACAGGUUUGCUUCUGAUCAAUACACCAUUGAUGAUUCUCUUCCCUUUGUGGUGAAUAAUCUAAUUGCACAACUGUUCAGCCUGAUCGGCAUCAUCAUUGUUUUAUGCUGGGUACAGUGGAUGUUUCUUCUUAUAUUGAUACCUCUAGGAUUUAUGUACCACCGACUGCAGAAAUAUUACAGAGCAACAUCUCGGGAGUUGCGUAGGCUCGAUGGUGUAUCUCGAUCACCGAUAUACACUUCAUUUACGGAAGCUCUUGAUGGCGCACCAACCAUACGCUCUUUCAGAGCACAGGCACAAUUUGCCGCCUCGAAUCGACAAAUGGUUGGAGUUAACUUGCGCGCUUCUUACAACGAGAUAUCAGCAAGUCUCUGGCUUUCCAUAAGGUUGCAGAUACUAGCAGCUUGUGUUGUGUUUUUCGUGAGCAUUGUAGCAAUACUCAGCCGUCGCAAUGGUUCUUCUAUCACUCCUGUAUCUGCUGGAUUGGUGGGACUAGGCCUUUCUUAUGCAUCUCCAAUUAUCACGACACUGAAUAACCUUCUUGGACACUUCACUGAGACUGAGAAGGACAUGGUUUCAAUGGAAAGAAUUCAACAGUACAUGGGACUGGAGGCUGAACCAUGUUCUGGGAGCGUGGAAGUGGCCUCUGACUGGCCAGCACGAGGAGAAAUCGAAUUUUUGAGUGUCACUCUCGUGUAUUUGCCAAAUCUGCCUCCAGCACUUCGAGACCUUUCAUUCAACAUAUGUGCAGGAGAGCAGGUAGGAAUUGCCGGAAGAACAGGUGCUGGAAAGUCGAGUAUACUUGGUGUUCUUUUCCAACUCAUCCCUCUUACUGGUGGGAGUAUCCUUGUUGAUGGUGUAAAUAUUUCAAAGAUUCCUCUUCGGCUUCUGAGAUCUCGCCUCUCUGUUGUUCCACAAAGCCCUAUGCUUUUUGAGGGUACCCUAAGAGAAAAUCUGGAUCCUACAGGAACUUUGAGCGAAGCAGAUCUUUGGAGAAUGCUAGAAAAAUGUCACAUGAAAGACGCGAUUUACGCAGCUGGUGGCUUGAACCUACAUGUGUCUGAGUGUGGAGAGAGCCUUUCUCUUGGACAGAGACAACUCCUUUGUCUUGCUCGGGCCCUCUUGAGUAGUUCUCGCAUCCUUUGCCUGGACGAAUGCACAGCAAAUGUCGAUCCAGAGACAACAACUCUACUAAUGGAGACCGUAACAUCAGAAUGUAAAAGCAUGACUGUGGUGACAAUAGCGCAUCGAAUUGCCACGAUCUUGGAUUUGGAUCGUGUUCUGAUUCUGGACCACGGAUCUCUGGUCGAAGAAGGAGAACCUCAACAGCUACUUGCAGAUAGCAGCUCCAAGUUCUUCAAUCUUGUGAGAGUAUCAGGAGGCAUAAGCAGGAAGAGGAGAAUAAGCAAAGUUGCCGGCAUGAGAGCAUAUGAGACUAGAGCAUGUUGAAGACUUUACUUCAGAACGCUUUGGCACCGGCCAUAAUGUGAGAAUAUAUGAAGCCCAUUAUUUAAGUAAAUGAAGAAAGCUUGUGGGUACGACGUGGAGGAAGACACGUUUUGCAUGUCCACAUGGACCCAACUCAGGCGGAAUGUGUACUGGACACCAAAGACGUGUUGAUCAAAGCCUACGCCGAAAUGCAAGAAGGUUGAGCAUUGACAGAACCAAAGUUCAUGGACUAAGAGCUCAUUGCUUCCAAUUUAGUUGUGAGAAGGUGAAAUAAAUCAUAAAGCCUGCAAUCAGAAUUUCACAAGGUCCAGCGUCCAACAAGAACUGAAUAUGCAUUCGUAUGUCGCAUGCACAUAAGCUUUACCUUCAAGGAAUUCCAUCAGGGUCAUCUAAAAGAUAGUAGAUGUAUGGGAAUAUCGCGCCUCCAUCUUUUUAAAGUAGUCUCUAAAUCUUAGUUGUAGGCUUGAACCGUUGUAAAUUAUAGGA